AUGAAAAAAUUAAUAAAUACUUUUUUGCCUUACUAUAUUCAUAACAAUAACUUAACGACAAAUCUAACCUUCAAAAAAAAAAUAUCCUUUUUUUUUUUCUAUGUAGAUCGUUAUAUUUAUUCUCCCUUAAUUAACAGUUUGUUAAAAAAUAAAAAUGCUCAAGAAAAAAAUAUAAUAAAAAAAGUAUAUACAAAGAAAAUAUUUGAUAUAUUAGGUUUAAAAAAUAACUAUAAUAAAAAAAAAAAUGAAAAUGUAGAAAAUAUAAAUGAUAUAUAUAAAAAGUAUACAAAAUACACAAAAUGCAGUAAAGAAGCUAUUGAUAAAAAUUCUAAUAACACUAAUGAUAUUAAUUAUAAAAAUUUUUAUAAUAAUGAAGAAAUGAAUGCAAUAUGGCCAGAUAGGAUAUUUUAUGUAACACCUUUAGAAGUUAAAAAAAAAAUAGAAAAUGAAAAAUUUAACGUAAUUUAUAUUGGUCAUAUGAGCAUUUUAGUACAAAUAAAAAAUUUUAAUAUAUUAAUAGAUCCAGUUUUGUCUAGUAGGAUUGGAUUUUUUAAUAUUUUAGGAGUAAAAAGAACAAUAAAAGCAGGAAUAUCUUUUGAAAAUUUACCUAGUAUUGAUUUUGUAUUAUUAAGUAAUAAUAGAUUUGAUAUAAUGGAUAAAAAUACAUUAAAAAAAAUUAUAUUAAGAGAUAAUAGUAUCGUUAUAGGUGGUAUGAAUAUAAGAAGAUAUUUGUUUAAAAGAAAUUUUCCAGUAGUUUAUCCUUUGAAUUGGUUUAAUAAAUUAACUUUUGAAAAUAUUUCAUUUUAUUAUUUACCUUCUUUAACUAAUAGUCAUAGAUAUUUUAUUGACAAAAAUAUAUAUUUACCAGGCUCAUUUUUAAUCCAUAAUAGUACCAAUAAUAGUUCUAUUUUUUACAGUGGGCAUUCAGGUUAUUCCAAUCAUUUUUUACAAAUAAAAAGUUAUGUUAAUACUAUAUUAAAAAAUGAUAGAAUCGAUUUAUCAAUUUUACCAAUUGGUAUAUAUAAACCUAGUUCUUUAUAUAACCAUUUUCAUAUGUCUCCUAAGCAAGCAUUACAAUCACAUUUUGAUUUAAAUAGUAAAAAGUCAUUAGGUAUAGGAAGUGACGUUUUUUGUCUAGGAGGAGAAGAAUAUAAUGAAGCUACAAAUGAACUUCAAAAUAUUUUGAAUAUUUAUGAAAAAGAAAAAAAAAAAAAAAUAGACUUCAUUACAUUACAACCAGGUCAAAAUAUUAUUCUUUGA